CCGGGGUGGGACGUUCCGGCCGUGGGGGCGGCGGGGGCGGCGUCUGGGCUGCGGCGGCAGGGGUCACCGGGCGAGCCGGAGGCUGUCCCGUGGCGGCCGAGCGCCGCACCGCUGGCUCCUGAGGGGCGGCUCGGGCCCCUAGGGCCCCGGGCUGGUCGGCGGGGCCGCGGGAGCAGGGCGGGCUGCGCGCCGGGUCUGGCCCUGCCCUGCGGCCCGCCCUCGGCAUUCCAGGCCUCUGGACCACGCGCCCCCCCCAACCCCCUAAAGGCUGAGGGUCUGGUAGCCAUGUGUGGACCCUAAAGCGCCUUGUAGUCUUUUGAAGCGCUUUGACAUCUCGGAAGGGCUCUGUACUGCAAACUAAAUCGAAGCGCUUUGUAAUCCCGGAAGCGCUUUGACAUCUCCUAGUAGCGCUGUGCAAACUGAAGCGCUUGGUGAUCGCGGAAGCACGUUGUGGGGUUUGGAAACCAAACCGACGCCCUUAGUAAAUCUUGGAUCGUUUUGACUAAGGCGAAGCGCUUUGGAAUCGCGAACAGUAGAAGCGCGUUGGUAUCUCCGAAACCUUGAGAACUGUGAUGGGCAGUGGAAAGAACGGGGAAAGGUGCCCAUGGCGUCGGAGCGGCGCAAGGUCAAGUACCACUGGAGCAGCACUUCGGAAGGGUGUCCCCGCAAGCGCAGCUGCCUCAGGGAGCCCGGUGAUGUGGCCCCCUCCAGCCGGUCAGCUCCUAGCUCUGCGUCGCGUUCAGGAGGCACCAGCAGCCCUAAGCGCCUGAAAGCCCAGAAGGAGGACGAUGUGGCCUGCACCCCGAGGUUGCCCUGGGGCUCAUCCUGCCGCAGAAAUUCUUCCUCCUCCUCCUCCUCUUCCUCCUCCUCGCAUUCCUCUGGCCCAGGUGUGGGCGGGGCUGCCCCCAAAGGCUGCCUGAUUCGGAGCACACGGGGAUUCCUUUCAUCGUCCAGAGGAUCCCCUCUUCGCUCUGCCAACCCCUCUCCGGAAGAAAUGGCUUCUCUAGAGGAGGAAGCCUGCAGCCUUAAGGUUGAUUCGAAAGAUAGUUCUCGUAACUCCACAAACUCUGAAUUUGCAGCCGAAGCUGAGGGUCAGAAUGACACAAUUGAGGAACCAAACAAGGUCCAGAAAAGGAAGAGGGAUAGGUUUCGAGACCAAGGCUCUACAAUGAUCUACCUGAAGGCUAUCCAGGGCAUCUUGGGAAAGUCGAUGCCAAAAAGGAAGGGAGAGGCUUCCACUAGGGCCACACCAAACACAAGGGAGCGUCCCAGCCGUGGAGAAGGGCCAGCCAGGAGUGCCACUGUGUCUCCUCCUCAGAAAGGGAAAGAGUCAGCCCCAGAGGUAAGAGCAGAGGAGGAAAAGGCUGUGCUGGAGAGGACCAGCUUCUGCGACAGGAGAGUGGUGAUAGACCCUCAGGAGAAACCCAGCGAGGAGACACCUGGUGACCGAAGGACAGUCAUUGACAAGCAUUCUCCACCUCUGGAGUUUUUGGAUGACUCUGACUCUCAUUUAGAAAGCCAGAAGCCUAAAGAAAGGGAGGUGGUGAUAGAGCGCACCUCUUCAGGAAGUGACUGGUCUGAUGUAGAUGAAGUCUCCACAGUCCGAUUCUCUCAGGAGGAGCCCGGCUCGCUGAAACCCUCCACAGUUCCAGAGCCUUCUGCCUUCCCCACUGACUAUGUCAUGUACCCGGCUCAUUUGUACAGUAGUCCGUGGUGUGACUACGUCAGCUAUUGGACCAGCAGCCCCAAGCCUUGCGGCUACCCCUCUGUGGGCGCCGGCAGUGACACGCUGCAGGCAGGGCGGAGCAACCGGGGCCUCCUGAGUGAUUGUCCCCCUAACUCUGCAGCGACUUCCCAGAAUACUUCCAGAGACCAGGAGGCAACAGAGGAAGGCACAUCCCAGAACUCCCGUUCAUUUCAUUUCUCCAGAAGCUCGGAAGAAGAAGUGAAGGAGAAAAGAGCACUCCAGGAGGAGAUGGCACCACGUCCCUGCGGAGGCCACGCAUCCGGCUCCCUGCCAAGGAGCCAUCGGGGGUCAGGCCUAGAAGAGGGUUUCAUCGAUACCCACUGUCACCUGGACAUGCUGUAUUCCAAGUUGUCUUUCAAAGGGUCCUUUACCAAGUUCAGAAAAAUUUAUAGCAGCUCCUUCCCUAAGGAGUUUCAGGGCUGCAUCUCUGACUUCUGUGAUCCUCGGACACUGACUGAUUGCCUGUGGGAGGAGCUCUUGAAAGAGGAUCUGGUUUGGGGGGCCUUUGGCUGUCAUCCUCAUUUUGCACGUUACUACAGUGAGAGUCAAGAAAGAAAUCUUUUGCAAGCCUUAAGGCACCCCAAGGCUGUGGCAUUUGGGGAAAUGGGCUUGGAUUACUCGUAUAAGUGCACCACGCCUGUCCCAGAACAGCACAAGGUGUUUGAGAGACAGCUGCAGCUGGCCGUAUCUCUGAAGAAGCCCUUGGUGAUCCACUGCCGAGAAGCUGACGAAGAUCUGCUGAACAUCAUGAAAAAAUUUGUGCCCUCAGACUACAAGAUCCAUAGGCACUGCUUCACUGGCAGCUACCCAGUCAUCGAGCCUCUGCUGAAGCACUUCCCCAACAUGUCUGUGGGCUUCACAGCAGUCCUGACUUACUCCUCGGCCUGGGAGGCCCGGGAAGCUCUGAAGCAGAUCCCGCUGGAGAGAAUCAUUGUGGAAACGGACGCUCCCUACUUCCUGCCCCGACAGGUUCCCAAAAGCCUCUGCCAGUAUGCCCACCCAGGCCUGGCCUUGCAUACGGUCCGAGAGAUUGCGAGGGUCAAAGAUCAGCCGCUCUCCCACACCUUGGCCAUCCUGCGUGAGAACACCAGCCGCCUCUACAAUCUUUAAGCAGAGAGGGUGCAGUCAGGAGAAAAAGGACAACCAGUGGCCUGACAGAAGAUGGGCUGGUUUGCUCUCUGCCUGUAUGUCCCAGGUCAGGGAUGUGUCUGAAGAGAGCCCCUUGGAACGGAGGAAACCAGGACAGGAUGUUUGCCUCGAAGCCCCGUCCUAAAGCUCUACUUCCGGCUCGGGGGUGGGGUGGGGAGCAGCGUGGAGCAAGGGCGCGGGUAGGGUCUACCUCCUGGGGCAGUCAGUGACGCAGGAAGGGGCUGAGAGGAGGGCGCAGCGAGUUCGCCACUCCAAGUCCUGGUGCUCUGCAGCCUGCGACGUUGAGUAGUCUUCACAGACCCUCUCCUACUCGUCUGAGCACCUGUGUGUGUGUAACUCCGCUCCUGGGUCUCCGAUCUAAAGAUGAACUCCCAAGUGGGAAACCUCCUCUGGGGGACGUUAACUGGAGCCUUGUCUCGGAGGUUUAUGGUCCUUCAACUGAGAAGUCCUCCCCUUCUUUCCCUGGAUAAUGCUUCGGUUUGGCUGUCCCCGCUGCUGCCUCAGCUCUGCUUCAGCAUGAGUGGAAGACCUUGGCUGCUCGUCUCACUGGUUCUUCUGCCAUUGGUCUGGAGGGGCGGGGGACGCUCACUGUCU